AUGUUGUGCUCGCCUGCUGAAGGCGCUUCUGGUGGUCUAAUUUUGUUGUGGGACUCGACUAUGUUUGAUAUGAGAGAUCAAGUUGUGCUCAGGAGAAUUUUAGCUAUAAAGGGUAGUUUAGUUAGGUCCAACUUGGAUAUAGGUUUGGUUAAUGUUUAUGGUCCGAACGUGCCAGGGGAGAGGAAAGAUUUUUUUGAGAUUUUGAAUGCGGUGAUUACUGACUUGAAUUCCCCGAUUAUAUUGGGUGGCGAUUUUAAUGUUGUCCGAUCAGAUGAUGAAAGAGUAGGGGUUUGUGAUCAUUUAGGAGGUAUGAAUAUGUUUGAGGAUUUUAUCUCUACUUGGGAUCUUGUUGAAGUUCCAAACGUAGGUAGUCAGUUUACUUGGUUCAGGGGUGGUAUGAAUGUGGCGGCAAGUAGGCUAGACAGGUUCUUGGUCUCUGUUGAAAUUGUUAGUUUGUUCCCUCUUCUUACACAAACCACCUUACCUAAAAGCUUAUCCAAUCAUAUACCUAUUAUCUUAAAGGAAAAGAAGGCCAAAAAGUUCAAUCGUCCGUUUAAAUGGUUUAAUCAUUGGGCGGAAGAUUCAGAUCUUGUUGGAAUAAUUAAGGAAUUAUGUGAAAGAAAUAGUGGUAAGGGUAUGAAUCAAAUUUUAGAGUUAGUAAAGGAUGCGACCAAGGUUCGGGAAAGUGCAGCAAAUCAGAAGGUCCCUUUUUCGGUGGGAGAGAUUAACAAGCAUAUUGAUAUUUUAGAGAAUAGAGUCAUUGCUGAUGGUAAUAGCACUGCAUUGCAGAAUGAGUUAUAUUUUUUGAAGGCAAGGCUGUGGGCUGCGGUGAGGAAAGAAGAACAUGAGUGGCUGCAAAAAUUGAGAUUGAAAUGGUUUAGAGAUGGGGAUAAAAAUACCAGAUUUUUUCAUCUCUCGGCUGUUGCUCGAGGUAGAAUUAAUUUGAUAUCUAAGCUCAAGAUCUCGAAUACAGUGGUAAAAAGUCAGGUUGGAAUGCAGAAGGUUUUUGUUAAGUACUUUAGCUCUGGAUACAAGGAAGUGUUCAUUGUCUCUCUUAAAAGAUUUGGACUUAAUCUGAAGAGGUUGAAUUCUGUUUCUAGGCGUUUUAUCGAGCGUCCAUUCUCAGAGGAGGAGGUGUGGCUUUCUAUUAAGGGGGCUGAUGAGUCGAGAGCCCCGGGGCCGGAUGGUUUCAAUUUGGAUUGUUUUAAGAAGUUUUAG